GAGAGAGAGAGAGAGAGACAUAAAAAACCAGAACCUCCAAAAAUCAAAAGAGCAAAUUGCUAAGUUGGAGCCCCCACACCCCACCUCACCCCUCCGUUAUAUUCAUCAGAAUCAAUUCAAUAAGAAACUCUCUCUUUGUCCCAUGCGUUUCUUCAAACACCAUUUCCUCCUUUAAUCUCUCUUUCUCUCUCUCUCUCUCUUCUACCUUCUCUCAUUCUUUCUCAAAAACUACCAACCCAAAUAAUCACAAAAAACAUGGCAUCCGGGUUCACGGGUGGUGGGGCCCCAGACUUCUUCACCGGCCGAUCCACGAACCAAGCUCCGCAACCCUCUUACCGAUCCAACCUCCCGGGGCUAUUUCUCGACCCAUCGACCCAGAUCGCUCGCCAUCAACAACAACUACAACAGCACCCACAACAGCCUCAUACAAUAAUCGGAAAAAGAAAUCUCUCCGACUACCAAGCCCACCAGUUUCAGAACCACCAAGCUGGGCUCAAUGGCUUUUUCUACCGCAACGUUAAGCCUCGCCCUUUUCAACACACCUCUCCAAUAUCGACGCUCUCACCCAUAGACUUUUCCGCCGCAUCAACAACUACCACUUCGCCUCUAGAAAGGUUUGGCCUUCCAAUCUUACAGCAAUUUCGUCCUCAGCCAAUUUCCAUCGGAAACAGAAUUGUCACUACAAACACCAACACCAACACCACUCAGGCCUUGCCUGGCGUUCCGUGUGUCAGUACGUCGUCGUCCCAUGUUUCGGAGCAGAAGAUUAUGAAUGAUCGGCUUCAGGAGCUGGAGAAGCAGUUAUUAGACGACGACGACGACGAUGUGAACGAGGAAGAAAACGACGCCGUUUCGGUGAUCACCAACGCUAACAGCGAGUGGACCGAGACGAUUCAGAACCUGAUGAGUCCGACGAGUCAGAAGCCACCAAUCUCGCUCUCGCCAACUUCGUCUUCUUCGUCCACGUCUUCAUCGUCGGUUGCUUCGCCGAGUUCGGCUUGCUCGAAACAGUGCAUAAUCGAUGUUGCGACGAACAUUUCGGAGGGCAAAAGCCAGGUCGCGUCGGAGAUCCUCACGCGCCUGGAUCGGUUCUCGAAUCCCAAAGGGAAUUCGGAGGAGAGGCUGAUGAGUUGCUGGGUGUCCGCUUUGAAAUCCCGAGUUAACUCGGUCGAGAACCCACCUCCCGUGGGUGAGCUUUUCAAUAAAGAAAACGUCGAGUCGACUCAGUUGCUGUACGAUAUGUCGCCGUGUUUCAAGCUUGGGUUCAUGGCUGCCAACCUCGCAAUUGUCGAAGCUACAUUAGAUGAGUCCGAUGCUAAAUCGGACAUUAACAACCGCGGUAACAAAAUUCAUGUAAUUGACUUUGAUAUUGGGCAAGGUGGUGGUCAGUAUGUUUAUCUUCUCCACGCGCUCGCGGCGCGUCAGAACGGGAAGCCCUUCAUUGUAAAGAUCACAACUGUAGCAGCGGAUAAUAGCUCCCAAGAGAGGCUAACGAAGGUUGGGAACGCACUGACUCAAGAAGCGAAGAAAGUUGGGGUUUGUUUCACAUCUAAAACAGUAGCGAUUCUGAAACUCGGCGAGCUGACUCGCGAGUCGCUGGGAUGCGAACCGGACGAGUCGCUGGUGGUGAAUUUCGCUUUCAAGUUGUACAGAAUGGCCGACGAGAGCGUUUCGACGGACAAUCCUCGCGACGAGUUGCUGAGGCGCGUGAAGGGGCUGGGGCCGCGCGUGGUGAUUUUGGUAGAACAGGAGAUGAACACAAAUACGGCGCCGUUUAUGGCGCGGGUGACGGAGACUUGCUCGUAUUACGGUGCCCUGUUUGACUCGUUCGAAGCGACGAUGAGCAGGGAUAACUCGGAGCGAGUUAAGAUCGAGGUGGGACUGAGUCGGAAGUUAGCGAACUCGGUUGCUUGUGAAGGGAGGGAUCGUGUGGAAAGAUGCGAGGUUUUUGGGAAGUGGCGGGCCCGGAUGGGAAUGGCUGGGUUCGAGUUGAAACCACUGAGUCAAAACGUGUCCGAAAAAUUAAAAGCUGAGAACCGAGUCAGCCCGGGUUUCAUGGUUACAAAUCAAAACGGUGGCGUUUGCAUUGGUUGGAUGGGUCGGACCCUCACAGUCGCAUCUGCUUGGCGUUAACUUCACUCUUUUUCUCAUUUUCUCUCUCUUUCAAUUUUUUUUUUGGGUUUUCCUUAUUAUUAUUAAUUGUUAAUGUUUUCCUG